CGGAAGUGCAGCGCCGGGGACCGGUGCGUGCGAGCUUCCGGAGGCUGGGGACGGUUGCUGCGGCCGCGUGCUGGGAGAGCUCGUGUCGGGCAGCGCCAGCAUGGGCCUCCUGAGCGGGGCGGCCCGCGGCCUGGUGCGGGGCGCCGACCGGAUGAGCAGGUGGACCAGCAAGCGGGGCCCGCGCACCUUCUGCAAGGGCCGCGGCGCCAAGGGCACCGGCGUCCACGGCCGCGACGGGAAGUUCGUGCAGGUGCGGGAGAUGGUCCCGGAGCUGGUGGUGCCCGAGCUGGCCGGCUUCCGGCUCAAACCCUACGUGAACUACCGCGCCCCCGCCGGCGCGGACGCGCCCCUGACGGCCGAGCAGCUCUUCCGGGACGUGGCGGCUCCGGCCAUCGAGAGGGACUUCCGGGACGGCACCUUCGACCCCGAGCGCCUGGACAAGUACGGCUUCGAGCCCACCCAGGAGGGCAAGCUCUUCCAGUUGUACCCCAAGAACUUCCCGCGCUAGGAGCGGGGGCGGCGCGGGGCCGAGCGACGGACUGCGCGCGGCUGCACCCCGCCGUCCUCCCCGGACUGCGCCCCGCCGUCCUCCCCGGCGUCCUCCCGGGACUGCGCCCCGCCGUCCUCCCGGGCGCCCUCCCCGGACUGCGCCCCGCCGUCCUCCCUGGCCGCCAGUCCCAGGUUGGGCGGGUGGGGAGGCCUCCCCCUGGUUCGAUUCUAUUAAAGACCUCGGCUACCA